AUGAGGACUUGUCUUGCCAGACCCUCAAGGCGACUAGAUGAGUGGCUGAAGGCAUGGGAGACAGACAGCUACCUGAAGGAUGAGGUUGAUGAUAACCUACCAGCAUGA